GCAACAAGUAAAACAAAACAAAUCAUACAAAGGAAAAACGAAACAAAUAAAACACCUCUAUCACUGUCUCUGUCUCUGUCUGUGUCAGUCAGACAAAGUCAAACUUUUCAAACCCUCCACUUCCCAAUCCAUUUUAUAUAAUACAUUUCACUCUAUUGUGUUCUUCACUUUCAAAUCUUCUCUCUCAGUUCAUAGCCAUGGGAAGAGCUCCAUGUUGUGACAAAGCUAAUGUCAAAAGGGGUCCUUGGUCUCCCCAAGAAGAUGAAACCCUAAAAAACUAUCUCAAGAAGCAUGGCACUGGUGGCAAUUGGAUAACUCUCCCACAAAAAGCAGGCCUAAAGCGCUGUGGGAAGAGUUGUCGUCUGAGAUGGCUCAACUAUCUCAGACCUCACAUCAAGCAUGGAGGUUUCACCGAUGAGGAAGACCAACUUAUCUGCAACCUUUAUUCAACCAUCGGAAGUAGGUGGUCUCUUAUUGCGGCUCAGUUACCUGGGAGAACAGACAACGAUGUGAAAAACCAUUGGAACACUAAGUUGAAGAAAAAGUUUUUGGUAGCAAACACCAAUGCCACUGUCGAUACUGUUUCUCCACAGUUCACGACUUCCACUGCUCCUCACUCUCAAGUUGAAGACCGUGUCUUCGAUCAUGAGAACUUCAUUCCAUUACCUUUAGGAUCUAAUGUCUCAGGUUUUGGCAGCAGUUGUAGUGUACCAGUACCCAAUGAAGUUUCAGUUGUUUCAAACUCAACAUUGGUGAAACAGGAACACGAGACUCAAUGGUUUGGCUUCCAUGACGAUAUUGAAGGUGAAAAUGAAGCACUUUUGCUUGAUUUCGUGUACCAAGAUCUCUUGCUUAAUAAUGGGUUUGUUUCUCAAGAAAAAAACAGCGAAGUUGCCCCAUCAUUUGGCUAACAAAAGCUUCUCUCCAAACAACAGCACCAUUUCAGAAAGAAGAAGGAGACAUCAUGGCAUAUUGAUUUCAUAUAAUGUAUGGUAUUAAUGAUAUAUGAUUGUGAUUUGAAUUUGAUUGAAGUAGUUAGGUGUGUAAGAAAUUAUGCGAGGUUUUCAGUGAAGAAUUCUACAUCCUUUUUUAGUUUCUUUAUGAAAUCUUGAUUGAAAAAUGUUGAUGAACGUGAAUGGCAGUGGACAUGAAAGUUGCGUUGGGUGUUGAGGAAUUUC